AUGGCUUCCGCACAGCAAAUCAAGACCCCGCUCACCGAGCAGUUCGGUAUCAAGCACCCCAUCAUGCUUGCCGGCAUGAACGUCGCUGCUGGUCCUGAGCUCGCCGCGGCAGUCACCAAUGCCGGUGGUAUUGGUGUUAUAGGUGGCGUCGGCUACACUCCCAAGUUCCUCCGCCAACAGAUCGCCGAGCUGAAAUCCUUCUUGAACGACAAGAAUGGACCUUUCGGUGUCGAUCUCCUUCUUCCCAAAGUCGGUGGUGGUGCCCGCAAGACCAACACCGACUACACCAACGGACAACUUCCCGAGCUUAUCGAUAUCAUCAUCGAAUCCGGCGCCAAACUUUUCGUCUCUGCCGUCGGUGUUCCACCCGCUCAAGUCGUUUCAAAACUUCACGCAGCUAAGAUCAUCGUCGCUGGUAUCAUCGGACAUCCCAAGCACGCACCUAAAGUUCUCGAAGCCGGUGUCGACAUGGUCAUCUUCCAAGGAGGCGAAGGAGGUGGUCACACUGGUGAUGUUCCCCUUUCCAUCAUUGCGCCACGUGUCGUUGACAUUUGCAGAGGUCACAAGAGUCCUUUGACCGGUAAGCCGAUCAUUACGGUUGCUGCAGGUGGCAUUUUUAACGGCCGUGGUUUAGCUGCGUCGAUUUGUUACGGUGCUGAUGGUAUUUGGGUGGGGACUCGUUUUGUUGCUUCUAAAGAGUCCGGUGCUCCCAAGGCGCAUAAGGAAGCGGUGCUCAAGUCGACUCAUGAGACGGAUAUCAGAACGAUCAUCUUCACCGGUCGUCCCUUGCGUCUCUAUAAGACCAAGUACAUUGACGACUGGGAAUCUCGCCCAGACGAGAUCAAGAAGUUGACCGAGAAGGGUAUCAUUCCGGUUUAUCAUGACUUGGAAAACGAUGAUGAGCAGGGAACCAAGGAGGCUCAGGCUAGACAGAGGUUCUUGUUAGGAAAGUGCGCGUCGGUUAUCAACGACAUCAAGCCUGCUAAGGAGAUCGUCGAUGAGAUGGUUAAUGAGGCUGUCGCCACACUGAGAAACGGUAGCCAGUUGCUUGUUGGUGGUGGUGCUCGUCUUUGA